GACGGAGCGGCGAGCAGGAGCUGUCCGAUCAGCUGCGCUGAGAAAUGAAGAUUCCAGGAACCGGAUUCUGAUUCGGAUUGAGCAAAGUGUGGCUCAACGUUCUCUGCCCAGCAAAGCAGCACUUCGGAAGCGGGAGGAGAAAGGGACCCUCCAGGCUGCUUGCGGGUUGUCAGUGGCCCCGGACCCGAUCCUGGCCAGGAUUGUUGCCUGCGUCUCCUGCCUCCUCUGAGCAAUGGGAAUACCCACGGCAGGCCUCGGAGCUGUGGUGGGAACCUUCCUUGCUGAGUCUGCCAAACUCCUGCUUCCAGAAGGGGAACUGCACAGCCACAACCGCCUACAGCACUGAGCCCGCCACCCUGAUUUCAGGAAAACCACCACACCUUUGUCUCAAGAGAGGAGCAUUUGUCGGCGUGAGAGAUGGCUGCAACCUUUUGGGAUCCUGUGACCUUUGACGAAGUGGCCAUCUAUUUUUCCCCGGAGGAGUGGAACGAGCUUGCAGCCUGGCAGAAGGAUCUCUACAAGGACGUGAUGAGAGACAACUACGAAGCCUUGAUUUCCUUAGGCCUCGCUUCCCACAAGCCUGAUAUUAUCUUGCGGAUUGAAGAAGGAGAAGAUCCAUGCAUUGGGAAAUUCCAAUACUCAAAGAUGAGAGACGUUUCACACCCUGAUUUUGCUUCCGAUGGUCAGAUCUGGAUGAAGGAGGAAUCCCGCCUGGAGGGGAAUCCGGUGGGACUGGGGCCCAGUGGCCGCAAGGAACAUCUGGAGGCCCCGUUGAGGAGACUGAACAGUCAGAACAUCUACGGAUUGCCCGCGUGGCCAGGAGGACAGCUGGGCAGCCUUUCUGUGAAUGGGAUGGCCGCUCUCCCGCCCUGGACCACUCGGUUCAAAUGGCCAAGCCCUGGGGGCAAAGAGGCAGCGCCCGUGGGAUUCCCCGUGGGGCACCCGGGGAGCAGCUUUUGGCCCGUGGAUGCUCCCGUCUUCCAGCCCAGCACCCAGGAGGAAAUGCUUCUAAUCUGCACCCAGUGUCAGAAAUGCUUCCUGGCCCGUUCGGCUCGCAACGUCUCCUCGGCGGUGCCCACGGGAGCGGUGACACAAGUCUGCCCCGAGUGCGAGAGCAGCAGCGCCAAGCACCCGCCCGCUGAUCAACACAGCCACGCGGGCGUGCCGCCCUGCGCAUGUGCCCACUGCUCGCCGCCCGGCGCCCGCCAGAGAUUCCCCAAAGAGGAGAGACCCUUCAAGUGUGGGAAGUGCGACAAGAGCUUCCGGUACGUCCAUGAGUACACGUGGCACCAGAAGGCGCAUGCCGGGGAGAAGAUCUACAAGUGCUCCGAGUGCGAGAAGGUCUUUCGGCACAAGCAGGAGCUCAUGUGGCACCAGAGGACCCACACGGCGGAGUGGCCCCACAAGUGCGGGGCCUGCGAGAAGAACUUCCGCUUCAAGCAGGAGCUGACCUGGCACCUGAAAACCCACUCGGUGGAGCGCCCGUACAAGUGCUCCGAGUGCGAGAAGAGCUUCCGCUUCAAGCAGGAGUUCAUGUGGCACCAGAGGGCCCACGUGGGCGACCGGCCGUACAAGUGCGCCGAGUGCGAGAAGAGCUUCCGCUUCAAGCAGGAGUUCACCUGGCACCAGAGGAGCCAUGCCGGCGAGAAGAUCUACAAGUGCCCCGGCUGUGACAAGAGCUUCCGUUACAAGCAGGAAUUCAUCUGGCACCAGAGAAUCCACACCGGGGAGCAGCCUUACCCGUGCGCCUCGUGCGAUUCCACCUUCACCUGCAGGCAGGAGUACAUGCGCCACCAGCGCCUGCAUGACGGGGAGAAACCUUACCAGUGUCCCCACUGCGAUAAAACAUUUCGCCGGGGGUCCACCCUGAUCAGGCACCGGCGGGUCCACAUGGGCGAGGGGUCCUUCAAAUGCUCCCACUGUGACCGGACCUUUGGCCAGAGCGCCAACCUGAUCAAGCACCAGCGGGUCCACACCCUGAAGAGCGAGCCCGUGGAGAAGGCUCCAGGCUGGGCCCCCUGUCUUCAGACUUCGGGGCCCCCGGUUCAGCAGGAGGCCGUCAGCAUGUUGAGCCUGAAGACGGUUUCUGUGGGGGCGCUUCUCUUGCUGAACCUCCCGGAGCCCAAAGAGGAGAGAGACCCAGCUGGAGAAGCGAAUGCUUGGGAACCCCAAAUGUGAGCCGGGUCAGAGCGUGCGCCUCUCGAAAGAGAGUCCUUCCGAGGAAACGGUCUUCAUUCCAAGCUGGUCGAUACAUACAAGUAGAUCGCCGGCACUUUCGGAGAGGAUCGGAAGACUGCAGGCAUUUGUAUACAGUACGCUAAAUGUGGGAGGAGGAGAAAGGGGUCCAAAGUAGAUCUGGAACAAAGGCCAGAUUCCAUGGGUUCCCCCGCCCCGAAAAAUAUCCGGGUGCUUCCUUUUCUAGACUAGCCCGCAGUCUAGAUUAUUCUAGACGUUCUAGAUGACGACUAGAUCCUCUUCUAGACAGCAGCCAGCAGAUACAAGGAGUUGGAGCAGACCGCUGAGAGUCUCCUGACCACACGGAACGUGGAACCUCUGUGUUCAGAGGCAGUCUAUCUGCAGUUUUCAGUUGCCGGAUAAAUAAGGGAUGGUUAGCCUCACCAUGCCCUGCCUGGAAGCUUUUGGCUGUUCACUGUGUGCUGAGCUGGUUAGGAUGUCCUGGCCGCCUCUACCCGGCUGUUCCUCGUUCUUGAAAAUGUGUUGUAUUUUUUGGAGAUCUGGAUAGAAUUCAUUUGGUUGCUGCCCAGCUAAGCGAGUGGGGACUCAGUAUUUUCGAAGGGCUCAGCAUUGAAUAUUGUCCAGGAACAUUGCAAUAUACACCAAUAUUGGUGAAUAUUGUCCAGGAACACCCUUGUUCUUUGUGUCUCUUGAACCUGCAAGGACCCAGGAUGGCCUCCCUUGAUCAUGAGUAGAGGAUCUCCUUGUUUCCUUUCCUGUAGGUCCAUUUCCUGUUACCCUGAUUACUUGGGCCCCAAGUGGAUCCAGGCCCCAUCUGUUCCACACCUCCAGGGAGCCACCCUGGUAUAGCGCAUCAGAAGCUGAUGGUUUCCAUGCUUCCGCAUGCAGAUUGAGCAACCUAACGAGGUGAAACGGCACCUGCAAAGCGUACUGAGAAGACAUGGGCCACAUCUACACUAUUCACUCCGAACUAGAGUGAAACCUGAUCCGGGUUCCAGAUCAAGGACCCCCGAUGUUGUUCUGCAAGGAGCCUAGCAAAACGUUCUUCCUAGCACUAACGUUUCCAAGCUGCGAGGUUGGGAGCUGGGUUCACUGCAAGAGGGUAUCCCAGAUAUGGUGGACUACAGCUCCCAUAAUUCCCAGCCAAAGGCCAUUGCCGCUGGGGAUGCUGGGAGUUGCAGUAAACAACACCAGCGGGUGGGUGGUCGUCCUUUUCACCGAUCUAGUUUGAAACGGGGGUUCAGUUCUGACGCUCCACGUCACAGUGGGGAAAUGGCAUCUUCGGGAGGCAGCCGUUGGGCUGGUUUGUGCCCAUUCAUCUUGGGAUUUCAGCAGCACAAUGAACAGUACCCCUCGGUGUUGUUUUGAGUCUCGGUUUCUCCAGUGCCUGGGUGCUAAAUUGGGUUUAGACCCCCUUCUGCGGCUUCGAGACACACUUGCCAGACUGAAGAACUGUGCAUCCAUCUGUUUGUUUUGGAUUAAAGUGCCGCUGGAGAGAGCAGAAGGGAAUGUUCUUCCUGGGAACGUUGAGACCUGUAGGUUCUUGCAAUGAGAAAUCCAAGUGGCCCUCUUAAACUUCCCCCUGAUUAAUGUGUGCAUGAGUACAAUUUACUGUGCCUGCCCCGUUGACACCGAUGGGAGUGCCUGGAGAGGAGAGCUGGUCUGGUGGUAGCAAGCAGGACUUGUCCCCUUAGCUAAGCAGGGGCUGCCCUGGUUGCAUAGGAAUGGGAGACUUGAUGUGUGAGCGCUGGAAGAGAUUCCCCUCAGCAGGGGAUGGAGCCGCUCUGGGAAGAACAUCUAGGUUCCAAGUUCCCUCCCUGGCAGCAUCUCCAAGAUCGGGCUGAGAGAGAUUCCUGCCUGCAACCUGGGAGAAGCCGCUGCCAGUCUGUGAAGACAAUACUGAGCGAGAUGGACCUAUGGUCUGACUCAGUAUAUGGCAGCUUGCUAUGUUCCUAUGAUCACGCACAGGAGAGUGUCCUAGUGGAUCAGACCCAAUAUGUGUCACCUUUUGUUUCUUAUUGUAAAGUAAAGUGUGCCAUCAAGUAGAUUUUGGCUCCCGGAGCCCACAGAAUCCUGUGGUUUUCUUUGGUAGAAUACAGGAGGGGUUGACCAUUGCCUCCUCCCGCGCAGUAUGAGAUGAUGCCUUUCAGCAUCUUCCUAUAUCACUGCUGCCCGAUAUAGUACCAGAGGGGAUUCGAACUGGCAACCUUCUGUUUGUCAAGCAUUUCCCCGCUGUGCCACUUAAGGUGGCCAUGUUUCUUAUUAGCACACCUCAAAUCUAUCCUCUAUUGGGUUGCUCAUGAUAGGAGUCUACUUCUGACUGUUGUUGGUUCUUUGUAGAUGCUCUUCUCUUGAACUCUGCUUGCACGGCCAGUUUCUGCCCCCGGCAUGGAUCCUGAGGACCUGAUCUGAAUCCUGGUGCAGUUCACUGACUGAGCAGUGUCUUGUGGAUUUCUGUGAAACCCACUCAAUGCCGCAAGGUUGCUAUUUUCUUACGCAAAUGAAUACUUUAAUGUUGAAUUGUGUUUGGAUAAUGUCACGAAAUAUGCAAUUUUUUACGGUGACGGGGUGGGUGGGAGGAAGGCUCACAAAAUAGUCGCUAAGAGUAGAGGGGAGAAAUGCAGCACGACCUUGGCUAAGGGUUGUCAAAAGUUUUCUUUCUGGGAGGCUCCAGUGCAGAGGCACAGCUGCACGACAAAGCAAAAACCCAGCCUUCUCCAUCACUGUAUCUGCAGGCCAAGAGAAGCUUCACCUGCUGAGUUCCUAUGCUCCAUUCAGUUAAAAGCACAGGAGCACUUUAAGGGGGGAAAGCUGGCAACGCAAUGGUUCUCUAUAUAUCCUUGUUGUUCAAAAGUAGAGCUUCAUAAACCAGACUCCUUUCCAUA